AUGCUCCGACAACAGACACAGCAACGGUCGAUCUGGGCGUUGGGUUGGGUUGCCCCGCGUCUAUUCGCUCUGCCCGCCCUGCUGCCUCAGCUCUACCCCCCCUGUCAUCAUCAUCGUUGGGCCUCUGCGCAGCAGGGCCUCAAGUGGUCUGGCGUGCUAGAAGUCGUCUCCCGGUAUACCCACUGCAUUUGCCGCCAGGUUCAGGCACAGACGUCGACGGCGCACGAUGCGCGCGGCAUGGAAAACGCGGGAGAAGCAUCCUUCCUGCCAAGCUUUUCCCUCUUGCUCUCGACAACUCCUGGCAAAGCAAUGGAAGGCAAUGCCGCACGCAAGCGUCGCCCACGAGGACAGAGCAGAGCAGAGCAGAAUACAUCAGACGGCCGUGGCCGUGACGGGCUCGACCGUCGGGUGCGACUGGAGACCACCAUGCCCGAAGCUCAUCGAGACGUAGUCGUGGGACCCCGUAACCUGUUUUCCGGUGACAUGAGGCGUCCUUGUCCUGCAUCUCUCAGUCGGUUGGCACUCGGCAGCGCCUCUCAUCGUUAA